AUGUAUUUUUUCUCUAAAUUCUUCCAUGACAUUGCACAGAAGAAGGUGAAAGGCCUUUUGAAGCAGAUUGGUUCAUCACCAUCGCCCGUCUUAUCCCUUCCCUCUCUCCCCGCUCCGGAAUCUGCCGCUCUUGGCUUAGAGCAGCAAUGUGACGUCAUCUCUGGCAUUUCUGAUCUGAAGCAUCUCCAGGAAUGCCAGACCAGCGCCUCCGAGAGCCCAGCCUCUCAGAACAGCACAGAGGAGGGAGAGCAACACCGAAGAGAGGGGGAACAGCCUCCUCCUAAAGACAAUCUACCUAAGAAAUCAGCCCCGAUAUUCAUCGUCAAAAUGCCCGGUUCGAAGGAGGAGGUGCGACUUGGGGAAACAAAACGCUUCGAAUGUCAGGUCGUCGGAUUUCCCCGACCUGAGAUCAGAUGGUUUAAAGAUGAAGUGGAUAUAACCGAAAACCCAAGAUACAAAUUCAAUUUUCACGAUGAUGGAGUCAUAUCCCUGCUUAUCGAGAACAUAUCUGCCAAAGAUGAAGGAGCCUACAAGUGUCUUGCCAAGAACACUGAGGGAACGGCCUCCACAACGGCAUAUCUCUUGGUUAAAGUUGACAAAGACAGACACAAGGACAUUUCCAUUGAUGAGAAAAUCGCUUUUAAGUCCCGCCCCCUGUCAAUCAUCGGAGAAGAAGAAGAGGAGGAGGCUGAGAAACAUGACAAAGAAUCAACCAAGGAGGAGGAACUCAGAAAACAGCUUGGGAAGAAACCAGUGGCGGCACCACAGUUUGUCGAAAAACCAAAUGACAUUACUGUCAAUGAAGGGGAGACCAUCACAAUCACCUGCAAGAUCUCCGGUGUGCCGAAGCCCGAGGUGAUGUGGUUUAAGGGCGGAGAUCCAUUGUUCGCUGACGGAGAGAGAAUUGAAAUUGUUCAGAUGGAAGACGAGUACACCCUUACCAUUAAAGAAGCCAAACCUUCAGAUGGCGGUGCUUUCACUGUAACAGCGAGCAGUACAGAGGGCUCAGUGUAUUACAAUGUCAGCGUUAGUGUCAUUGCUGUGAAGCGAGAGAAAUCUCCCACACCAGAAAGGGAGAUACUGGAAGUUGCCCCAGAAUUUAUCAAGCAGCCACUCUCACAGAAGAUAAUUGAAGCUGAGAAAGUCAGAUUUUCUUGUCUGGUACAAGGUAAACCAGAGCCAACAGUCACCUGGUUCAAAGAUGGAAAACUUCUCAAAUCUGACUCCCACCGUAAGAUCUACAAGGCAGAGGGCCUCCAUUUUCUGGAGCUCCCAAAAGCCUCCAUUGAAGAUGGAGGAGAGUAUACCUGUACGGCUAAUAACUCUGCAGGAGCAGUCUACUGCAAUUUUGCUCUCACAGUGGAAACGGUGUCUGAACAUGAAAGCAGUGCUGACCUUGACGAACAAGAAGCUUUGAGAAAGAAGAAGAAAGCUGCAGAUGCUGUCCAGUUCAAGGAAUACGCCUUGAUUAAGAACUACACCGACCAGGCCAAAAAGAUUGCCUUCAGGGAGGGAGAGAUAGUCCAGGUCUUGGAUGCCUUAAAUCCAGAUUCAUGGCUGGUCAGGAAGAAGAAAGCCAAAGAACAGGUGGCCUACAUACCCUCAGAGUUCUUGAAGAAGAAGGAUGGUGUCCCAGAUGACAAACAGGCAUGGAAAGAUGCUCUAGAAGAAAUCUCUGAGGUGAAGGAUCGGGACCGAGCCAAAGGCAAACAAGCCACCCCAGAACUGAUAGAAACUUCCUCUGAUGAUGAAAAAGUAGCUGAAGGAGAGAAAUACCCCAUCUAUGUAGCAGUGGCUGACUACAUCCCACCUAAAAAGCAGAGGGACAAGGUCCAGCUGACCGAGGGUCAGUUUGUGGAAGUCCUGGACAAAAAGAACCCAGAAUGGUGGCUUGUCAGGACCAAACCCACCAAGUUACACCCGGCCAAGCAAGGCUGGGUACCGGCCAGUCGCCUGGAGAAGAGGGACGGGGCUGGGCUGGUAGACAGGAGAAACACAAGAGAGGUGUUCAGGGAAGACAUCAUACAGAUCACCAACAAGGGCCAGGAGGCUAAUGUGAAGAGGAGGUAUGCUCUGAAGGAACUGCUGGAAUCUGAACAUGACUACCUGAACAACUUGCACAACAUGGUCGAUACUUGUAUCCCUCCACUAGAGGGAGCAGAUGUACCAGAGCCCAUUAAAGGCAAGAAAGACCUCAUCUUUGCCAACUUGGAAGACAUAAUGCAGUUCCACCAGGACACUUUCCUGCCCCAGAUUAUGGCCUGUACCAGUGAGCCGGAGGCCCUGGCAGACUUGUUCCUCAGUCAGAAAGCUAAACUGGAGGAGUACAUCCCAUACCUGAAGAACAGAAAAGCUGCUCUGAAAGUCCUCAAUACUGAACCAGCCAGAAAGUUUACCAAAAAAAUGAAAGAGAAGAAGGCUGGUGAGGAACAGACCCUCCCAGAACUACUUAAGAAACCCAAACAGCGCCUACAGCAGUAUCAGUCUGUUGUUAAGGAUUUCAUACGCUACACCGCACGUGCAGGAGCAGACUGCUCCAAGCUGGAAGAAGCACAUGAUAUGCUGGGUGCCAUAUUGAAACAAGCAGACGACAAAUAUCACAGAGAUCAGAUAGAGGGCUACCCUGGAGAUUUGGCUGAUCUAGGAAACAUGGUCAGACAUGAUGACUUCCAAAUGUGGGACGCUGAGCCAGAGGGUCAUGGUAAGGACAGACACAUCUUCCUUUUCCCUGACAAACUGCUGAUUACCAAGAAGAAAAAGCCAGCUGUAGAGGGAGAGCUCCCCACUUACAUCUACAAGGGAAUCAUCAAUCUCCCAGAUCUUCAGCUUAAUGAGGAUGCUCCAGGAGAUGACAGGCGAUUUGAACUGUGGUAUGCUGAGCCCAGUGUGGAGAAAGUCACCUUGCAGCCAAAGAAUGUCCACAAAAAACAGGCUUGGCUCAAAGACCUUAGGGAACUGCUCACAAAAUUAGGAGUAAAAGAAACUGACAUCCCAGAUGAGACCCUGGAGCAGCUGAAGACAAAGAAACCCAAGGUCCCUUCAGUCCCCAAGAAGAAGCCAGAGAAAAAGAAAAAGGGAACAGAUGUUACUGAUGCAGCACCCAAAGAUACGGCUGCAACAAGUGCUGAGGCCCCUGGAUUGCCUCCAGAGGAUGAGAGGAUGAAACCCAAAUUUAAAAAGGCACCAUUUGACACCAAGGCAAAUGAAGGUGACCAGGUGAAGUUUGAGAUCCAGGUCACAGGAAACCCUGAGCCUGAGAUUACUUGGUUCAAAGGUGCCCAGCAGAUAGCAGCUGAUGGAACCAAAUACACCUUUGUAUUUGCUGAUGAUGAGUUUAUGGCUCUGAUAGUGAAGGACUUGAAACUCUCUGAUGCUGGUCUGUACUACUGCAGAGCUAAGAAUUAUGUGGGAGAGGCAGAGGUCAAAAUUAAGCUGGAGGUCAAAGGCCAAAAGAGCAAAGAUGCUCGUCCUUCCUUCCCAAGCAAGAUGCGUUCCAACAUGAACAUCACUGAGGGCAACCCUGUGGAACUGAAAUGUACAGUUGCUGGGUUCCCAGAGCCAGACGUCAUGUGGCAGCUCAAUGGAAAGCCAUUAAAACCAUCAGCAAAUAUUGAAAUGAAGACCGAAGGUGACCAAGCAGUUCUCAGUAUCAAGAAUGCCACCCCGAAUGACUCUGGUGUAUAUACGUGCAAGAUCACCAAUAAGCUGGGGCAUGCCCAGUGCAGCUCCACUGUGACUGUAAAACCAGAUAUGUUUAAGAAGAAAGAGGCUGCCAAAGUGGCCCCUACGUUUACUGCAAAAUUCAAGGAUGUUGAAGUAACCCCAAAACGUGACACCUACCUGGAGUGUAAAAUCAAGGGGUCGCCAGCCCCAGAGGUUACAUGGUACCAUAAUAACAAACCUCUGAAGGAUUCAAAACACAUAAAAAUGGAGAAAAUUGGUGACAUGCAUAUUCUAAACAUCUACAAAGUCACCCCAGAAGAUGAAGGGGAGUACACCUGCAAAGCUGUCAACACGGCUGGAGAAGUGUCUCACAACGCCCGGGUCAGUGUGGCCAAACCCAAGGAGCCUACCUUCAGUGGCUAUGCCCCACAGUUCUCCAAGAAGGUGUACAACGUGGAUGCUGUGGAAGGAGAGAAGGCCAAGUUUGAGUGCAGGGUUAUGGGGGAUCCUGAACCUGAUGUACAGUGGUUCAAAGAUGGCCAGCCUCUCCAGCCAGGCCGCAAGUACAAGAUGGAGAAAGUGAGAGGCAGUACCACUUUGACCAUCAGUGAUGUGACCAAGGCUGAUGCCGGAGAAUACACCUGUACUGCAGCCAACCCUGGAGGGAAAGUCAGCAGUGCUGCCAUGUUGGACGUGCAAGCUGCUAAACCAAAAGAAAAAUCUCCAUCUAAAACCUUUGGUAAGGCUGAAGAAAAGUCAGUUCUUUCUAAGCAGCCAGUGGAACCAGUUGUUGAGAAAAAAGGAGUUCCACCUAGGCCAGUCUCAGACAAACCCACUAUCUCAAAGUACACUGGGGAUUCCCUUACUCUCACAUGGCCUACCACCACACUUCCUCUAAAUGCAAUCCCCACACCCAUCACCUACUCCAUAGAGUCUAGGGAACCACCCAUACCCUCUUGGACAAAGGUCACUAGUGGCUUGACCACUCCUAAAUACACUGUUACCAGACUGAAACCUGAGAAGGAUUAUGUUUUCCGUGUGCGAGCUGAGAAUCAAUAUGGCCGUUCUAAACCUUCACCUCAGGCUACAACUGCUCUUCAGAAAAGGCCUGUCCCUGCUCGCAAAGUGCUCCCCCCACCUCUCUUACUUAUGGACCACCCCCUUAUCACUGACCUGGAUAAAGACUAUAUCCGCCUAAAGUGGAUCCCAUCCUUCCCAGCUGAUGCCCAUCAGACCUAUACCAUUGAAAUGUCCGAGCCACCUUAUAAUCAGUGGCUGACCAUCAAAGGUGCUGUACAGGGCACGGAGUACACACUGAGAGAUGUGCGUUCGAACAAAGACCGCAUGUACAGAGUGCGUGCAGACGGACCGUAUGGCCCUGGCGAGCCAUCAGAACCAGUUUCUGCUAAAUUGUUCAUGAAGCCAGCUGAAGCUGCACCUGAACCUAUCCCCCUUGCUCCCCACCUGUUUGUGGAUAAAAUAGAUAACAAACGUAUCUCGCUGGGUUGGUCCCCCACAAGACUGCCAGCAUAUGACCAUUUCUCAUCUGUUAGUUACACAGUGGAGGUCAGCAAGCCACCACACUAUGAGUGGCGACCUCUGGUGACCAGAAUUAAAGACACUUACUUGAGCAUUGACUUGAAUGAACCACACAAAGACUACUAUUUCCGAGUGCGUGCAGAGAAUGAUUAUGGUAUCAGUGAACCAUCUCAUCCAAUUGCCACUCGAGAUUUUUUCAAAGAUAGGCUGGAGCCAUCAAAGAGCCUUUUGCCAGAUCACAGGAGGCCGUCAGAGUUUGACAGAAAAAUGCCUGCUGCCUUUGAUCUGGCCAGACCACUCACUCUACCAGAGUUGCAUCACCCUGGGGCCUUGGGACUUGGUCUGGAUGGACGUGGUCAGUUGGUUCCCUAUGGAGGCCCUGACCUGGGACUGGACACUAUGUUUACACCAGUGUUGCCAGACACCUCACAAUACAGAGGUCUGGACCUGGCUCCGGAACAGAAACUUUACAAACCACCAUCUGUGUACAGGCAUGCCAAGUUUGAUCUGAUCAUGCCUCUAUCUUCACCUUACAAAGGAUUAGACUUGGCCACUGAGGUGUCACUACCAGCACCUCCAAUGCAAUACAAGCCAAGAGAAAUGACAGUUCCAAGGCAAGUGCAAAGAAAAAUGCGUGCACAAUCACCUGUCAUCACUAUUGAUGUCAUAUUGCCUGGAAGACAGGAAAGGUCAACUUAUCAGCCGUAUGUACCACAAAGCCAGAAGGCUGUUAAAAUUCCUGCUAUACCAGCAGCAGUAGUGGAAUAUAAAUCACCACCUCUUGUUGCCCACACGGCAGUAAAACCAGCAAGAUCAAGGAAAAGUUUGGCUGAUAAGUACAAGUCAGAUCUUGUACCAUAUAAACCUAAAACAUUGGACUGGGAUAUGGAGUCACCUGAACGUGGAACUGUCUCUCCUCAAAGAGGACGACUAGCACGGACACCCUCUUUACCCCCUUACAGGCCUUCCUUACCGUCUAUUGAAGAACUGAAAAAUAGAAUCCCAUCUUUACCAUCUUCAACCUUACCCACUGUAGACACUGAUAUAUAUCAGAGACGCCCCUCUGUUCCUGACUUACGUCGCUCUCGAAGACCAUCUGUUGUGGCGGCAGAUCUGGAUAUUUCUAGCAGGCGCCUUUCUGUGCCUGACGUAGGACUAACUAGAGCACCAUCUGUCAGAAUGGAGGAUCUCGACUUAAAUGUUUAUCGUAGGAGACGCACAUCUGUUCCUGACUUGAAAUUUGACAGGGCAUCAUCUGCAGUUCCUGAUAUUGAAGAACCUCUGUAUCGCAGACGUUCUUCCAUAACUGGAGCAUUGCAGCGGAGAAUGGGGGAGCUUCCUGAAGACAACACUUAUCGUUUGGAAUUUGAAGAUUUGUUGUACUAUAGACGACCUUCUGUGCCUGACUUACCCUACCAAAGACGAUACUCUGUCCCUGAAUUACCUAAAAGACGCCCCUCCACCCCUGAUUUGAAAGGUGCAGGGCAUGAUUUUGAUACCAGUAUGCCAACAAGAAGAGCAAUGGGAGACAUGGAUGCUCCACGGGUGAUCCUAGACAAGCCUCGUCUUGAGGAUCUGGGAGAUGGCAGCAUUAGAAUUACAUGGACCCAUAGCACCUUACCUGGGUUCAGCCCACGGACUCCAGAGAUAAGGUACAUCAUUGAGGUCAGUGAGCCGCCAAGCAAAAUAUGGAGGAAAGUCAUAGGGGCACUUGCUGAACCUAAUUAUGUAAUAAAAAAUCUGCGUCCUGAUCAGGAUUAUUUGUUUAGAGUUAGAGCACAAAAUGACUAUGGAGUAAGCGAGCCAUCGCUACCAGUUUCUACAUUUUCACUGUGGAGGAUUCAGAAGACCCCAUACCAUCCAAUCACAGGAGUGGAUAUUACUUUUGAUAAAGUGCCUCCUCGGUUAAGUGAGAAACCUUACAUCACGGGCUAUGACAACCACUCACUACGUCUCCACUGGUCACCAGUGGUCAUGCCUGGACACCUUGGGUCACCACUGGUCACUUACACUAUAGAGAUGAGAGAGCCAAGUCAGCAGUGGAGAGAACUGGCCACUGGAGUCAAUGGGCAUCACUUCAGUGUCAACCAUUUAGAUCCAGAGAAGGAUUACAUGUUCCGUGUCAUCCCUGUCAAUGAAUAUGGACCUGGUGAACCCUCUGUGCCUGUGCCGACAUAUUUGUAUAGGAAAAGAGCUCCAUUUGAUUAUCGUCCAUCGCCAGAUUUUUACAGAGACAGGAGAACUGAAGAUUAUGAUAAAUCCAGAAGAUGGUCCCUUCCCUAUGCCCUUUCACCUUGGUUCACUGAAGAACCUUCACCAGCACCACCAGCACCAUCCCGGAGCCACACUAGAGCCAGGAGUCCUUCACCUUCCUCUCUGCCAUCUGCUCUUAUUGGACUGUCGUCUGCUCUCAUUGGGUCAUCACCCAGAGCAACGUCAGUGCCACCUGAAACUCUUUAUUCUUUUGACACUUCUGAUAUUAAUGACUAUGGUGCUCCACCAGAGUUCCUGCCUCACAAGCCCACCAUCUGUGAUUACCAUGGUGAUUCUUUCAAACUGUCAUGGUCACCAGCACAGACGUCAGAUAAGGGUAUCCCAUCAGCCAUCACUUACAUUGUGGAGUGUCGGGAGCCACAUCACACUGACUGGAGACAGCUUGCCUCCAAUCUAACUGAUUUCUGUUAUACUGUGAGAGGACUGGAUAAGAACAAGGACUACAUACUGCGUGUGAGGCCGGAGAAUGAGUUUGGCAUUGGCGAACCAACCUUGCCAGUAUCCACAUACUUGUUCAGAAAACCAGAUAAGGAAGACUAUGGGCUAUAUUACAAACCAAGAAAGGCCCCAGUCUUUUUCAUCGACAAACCACGAGUCUCCAGAUAUGACGGCAGGCGAGCAGAGCUCAGCUGGUCACCUCCUAGCACGCUACCCAUCUAUAGACCCCCAAAGCGCUACUCUUACGUCGUUGAGUUUGCUGAUCCUUCUCUCAAUGACUGGAAACCCCUUACAAGGGGUCUGCAUGAUAAUAGAUAUGUCAUAAGGGAUCUGAGGCCCGAUAAGGAAUAUUUGUAUAGAAUAAUAGCAGAAACUGAACGUGGUGUCAGUGAACCCACAUCUCCUGUUGCGAUCAAGGGAGCUGCAAGGCGAGCUUCUCUCCCUGCUCACAUGAGGGAUGAGUACUCUCCAAGAAGCAGAUCCUACUCUCCAACCACUGCUGGCAGAUCCCCUCUGACUAAAAUAACAGAGAGAGACCUUCCCCCACUCCCUCGUUCUCACUCACUGGAUGCAAGACCCACUCAGACCUCUACUGAGAGACCUUAUGCACCAUCAGGAAGAUCCUACUCUAGCACUGAGAGAUCUUACUCCCCUGUUGGCAGAUCCUUUACUCCUGUUGAUAGAUCCUACUCACCAGCUGGUCGAUCUUACUCUCCAACUGGGAGAUCUUACUCUCCAAUCAGAAGUACCUAUUCGCCAGCUGUCCGCUCCUACUCUCCCACCAGCAGAACUAAAGACUAUGAAAGAUCCUAUACCCCAUCCCCAUUGGCUUCUGGCAGAAGAGGUAAUUUCAUCUGUUUCAUGUGGAGCAGUUACAUUUGCUUCUGA